AUGGAUGGGUAUGAUGAAUUUGAUGAAAUUGAGAAUGAAUUUCUUGGAAUAGAUCAAAAUAUUAAACCAAAAGUUUUGGGAGAAAAUAAAAAUUAUCCAUUAGAUAAUUAUGAAAUGGAAAUUGAUCAUUCAACUCAUUUAAAUUCUAGUAUUCAACCAACAAUUUCAACAUCUAUCAAAACAAUCUAUUCUGCUGUAAAAACACCACGUUCUUCAAACAAAUCUGGAUCAAUGGUUAAAAAUUUACUUGAAUAUCGUGGAAAGAAAUAUAAAAAAGGAGUAAUUUGUUCUCCAAUAAAUACUUCAAUAAUAACAGAAAAUCCUAAAGAUAAAAAAAGUUAUAUGAUCGGAGAUGAUAAAAUUGCUGAAACUAUAGCGGCUGAUUAUGAUUAUUAUGAAAAUAUUUUUGACUAUGUAUAUAAAACAGAACAAAAAGAUGAUAUUAUUUGUGGGCAAAUUAUUACAAGUAUAGACGAAAAUUGUAAAGUUAGUGAUAAAAGUGCUUCAUUAUGUACUCAAGAUGAUAUAAUACCACUAGAUUUCGAUGAUAUGUCGAAGGUGUCAUUAUUUUCUGGUAAAAGAGUUGUUUAUAGAGGUACAAAAGGAAUUAGAAAAUUUAAAGUUACUGAGGAUCUUGGAUUACCACCAAUUGAAAAUGCUAAAUAUAAUGAACCAAAGAAUGUUGAGGCGAAAAAUUUUAUUGUUCAUGUAAGUGCAGGGCCAUUUUCACUACCAGAAUCAUGUGAUUUUUCACCAUUAUAUUCAAUAAUUGAUAUUUCAAUAAAAGAUAAUGUUUCCGUUUUAAUCUUGAUUGGACCGUUUAUAAAAGAAAGACAAUUUUAUGACAAAGACAUUGAUCACGAAACUUAUUUAGCUGAACUUUUUAAUCAAAUUUACAAUCACAUUUCUGAGUCACAUCUAAAAAUAAUCAUUAUACCGAAUGUUGAAAGUGAUGUUUGUGUAUUUCCUGUUUAUCCUACACCAAGGCUAGAUUUAAAUGAUGAAUUAAUAUCAAAAAUAAGUAGUAAAAUUAUUUUUCUCGCGGAUCCAUCUACAUUUACUAUUAAUGGAGUAAAAUUUAGUGUUACAGGAAUUGAUUGUUUAUUACAUAUAUCUAAAUCUGACUAUUAUAGAAGUGAAAUUUCUGAAAAUGAAAAUCGUUUAGACAGGUUAACAUCUUAUAUUUUUGAACAAAAGAAUUUUUAUCCAAUAUAUCCACCAUUAAAUGGAUUACCAUACAUUCAAACACCAGAUUCAUUUGAAAUGAUCAAAAUAAAGGAGAUUCCACAUAUCCUAUUAUUAUCAUCAUUGUUACCACAGUCGUAUAGAAAUAUAUCUGGAUGUCUUUGUGUUAAUUCAGGAAAAUUGUUAAGAAAUGGCUUUGGAAAAUUAACUUUUAAUCUUACUGAUGCUAAAUUAGGAGCUACCAACGUAUUAGAUUAUGUAAAAGGUGAAUUUUUUGAGCUUAAUCCUUUUGUUGUUUGA